AUGGCCACAGAGACAAAAAGCAGCACUGUGAAGCUAAAAUCUAGUUGUCCAGAUGGUUCUUCCAAGGGAAAGAGUGGUUCUUCAGCUGUCAAGAAGAAGGUGGAAAACUCAAGCAAGCUCCCGGCUGAUUCAAAGAUGAAAUCUGUCUCAACUGCGACCAAAUCUGAGGUUAAAUCCAAAUCGACAUCGUCGUCUUCAAAGACAGAAACUAAGACAACUACAAAAGUGAGAGAGAAGAAGGUCUUCAGUCUGCCCGGGCAGAAACAUGAUCCUCCCGAACAGAAAGAACCUCUGAGGGUUUUCUAUGAAUCUUUGUCAAAACAGAUUCCAACAAGUGAAAUGGCAGAAUGUUGGUUAAUGGAACAUGGGAUGCUGUCUCCAGAAAGAGCUAAGAGAGCAUAUGAGAAGAAGCAAAGGAAACAGAAGGAGCUACGGACAGCAACUCCGGUUAAGCCAUCAAAGCUGGCUACUAAAACUGAAACUGCCCAGAAGCAACAACAGGCAUCCAAAAAUGGUGACAUAAAAGCUAAGAAAAGAAUUGUUGAGAGUGAUGAUGACGACGAUAGUUAUAAUGAUAAUAACAAUGAUAGUAAUGAUAACGAUGACGACGAAGAAGAUUUCGUUCUAACUCAUAAAAGAAGAAAAGGGUAG